ACAACAAAUCUCAUCAAUCUCUUGCUCACCAUCUUUAUUCGCAAUGCUGGGAGUUACCACCACCGUUGCUGCAUAUCAUCUCCUCCUUGUUCUUGUUCUUCUUCUUCUUCUUCUUCUUCUUCUUUUCGUCGACGGCGGUCGUUGCCGCACGGCAGAGGUGGAGGAGGAGGAGAGGAGAGUUGUAGCUCUGCGUCAGCUGGAAUGGGGGGAGAGCAGUGCUCCUCGGAUAAGCUCUCCUUUGAUAUCAAGAGAACACUCGGGUGCGACGGUACUACAGCUGAAACAUAGCUCGCGUUUGUGCCGGGAAAACAAGGACUACGAGCAUCAUCUUCGCUAUCUCCUCAUUUCUGACGAAGAAAGGGUUUCGUGGCUACAAUCUCGAAUCAAGCGCUCCAUUCCGAAUAACUUCCAAAAGGACUCCUCCGAGACGCAAAUCCCUCUCAACUCUGGGAUCAGGCUCCAGACCUUGAAUUAUGUCACCGCCGUCGGGAUCGGCGGCAAAGCAACGACGGUGAUCGUCGACACGGGAAGCGAUCUCACUUGGGUGCAAUGCAAGCCCUGCGUCUCCUGCUACACCCAGCAGGACCCGCUAUUCGACCCCUCCCUCUCCCCUUCCUAUCGCUCCGUCCCGUGCAAUGCCACUGCAUGCAGUUCCUCCCUCCAAGCGGCCACCGGCACCUCAGGUAUCUGUGGGAAUGAUCGGACGAGCUGCUACUACUUGGUGAGCUACGGAGACGGCUCGUACACUCGCGGAGUACUAGCGCAAGAAAGAAUCAGUCUCGGCGAAACAAAUGUGGAGAAUUUCAUCUUCGGUUGCGGUCGAAGCAAUCGCGGGCUCUUCGGCGGAACCUCGGGCUUAAUGGGUCUCGGAAGGACCGAACUCUCGUUGGUUUCGCAGACAACUAAUCAGUUCGGAGGAGUCUUCUCCUACUGCUUGCCUUCAAGGCCAUACAAUUCCUCAGGCUCCUUGGUUCUGGGCAGUGAUCUUUCUGUUUAUAAAAACUCUACGCCGAUCUCGUACACUAGGAUGAUCUCCGACCCCGAGCAGCAGCCGUUCUACUUCCUGAACCUAACGGGGCUGCGCGUCGGAGCCGUCGAACUCCAAGCUCCGGGGUUCUCGAACGGCAAAGUUCUCAUCGAUUCGGGCACGGUGAUCACGCGGCUCGCGCCCUCGGUCUACAAGGCCUUGAAGGAUGAGUUCGUGCGGCAGUUCGCGGCGUACCCGACGGCUCCGGGGUUUUCGAUCCUGGACACUUGCUUCAACUUGUCUGGGUAUGAGGAAGUGAAGGUGCCAACACUUAGGCUAGGGUUUGAGGGAGAUGUGCAACUGAAUGUGGAUGUAACAGGGAUCUUCUACUUUGUUAAAAGGGAUGCUUCUCAGGUGUGCUUGGCUUUUGCAAGCCUUUCUUAUGAAGAUCAAGCUGGGAUCAUAGGAAACUACCAGCAGAAGAAUCAGAGGGUUGUUUAUGACACCAUUGGAUCAAAGCUAGGGUUUGCUCAAGAGGAAUGUAGCUACAGCUGAAGGGAUAAGAAGGAAAUUAAAUUAAGGCAAAUGUAAUGCAGUAUGUACUUUGUGUUUAUCAUAAUUCAGGGUGGGGGACAGUGAAACUUUCCUCAAGCUUUUCUUUAUUUUUGAAAGAUGUGUAAAGAACUGCAGAUAUAUCUUCUGCUGUAAAUUGUGAUCUUUUAUUUGGUAUCCAAAACCUAUUGAAGUUUAAUUUGUGCU